AUGGACCAUAUAUCGUCAUCAUCAUCAUCAUCAUCAUCAUCAUCAUCAUCAUCAUCAUCAUCAUCAUCAUCAUCAUCAUCAUCAUCAUCAUCAUCAUCAUCAUCAUCAUCAUCAUCAUCAUCAUCAUCAUCAUCAUCAUCAUCAUCAUCAUCAUCAUCAUCAUCAUCAUCAUCAUCAUCAUCAUCAUCAUCAUCAUCAUCAUCAUCAUCAUCAUCAUCAUCAUCAUCAUCAUCAUCAUCAUCAUCAUCAUCAUCAUCAUCAUCAUCAUCAUCAUCAUCAUCAUCAUCAUCAUCAUCAUCAUCAUCAUCAUCAUCAUCAUCAUCAUCAUCAUCAUCAUCAUCAUCAUCAUCAUCAUCAUCAUCAUCAUCAUCAUCAUCAUCAUCAUCAUCAUCAUCAUCAUCAUCAUCAUCAUCAUCAUCAUCAUCAUCAUCAUCAUCAUCAUCAUCAUCAUCAUCAUCAUCAUCAUCAUCAUCAUCAUCAUCAUCAUCAUCAUCAUCAUCAUCAUCAUCAUCAUCAUCAUCAUCAUCAUCAUCAUCAUCAUCAUCAUCAUCAUCAUCAUCAUCAUCAUCAUCAUCAUCAUCAUCAUCAUCAUCAUCAUCAUCAUCAUCAUCAUCAUCAUCAUCAUCAUCAUCAUCAUCAUCAUCAUCAUCAUCAUCAUCAUCAUCAUCAUCAUCAUCAUCAUCAUCAUCAUCAUCAUCAUCAUCAUCAUCAUCAUCAUCAUCAUCAUCAUCAUCAUCAUCAUCAUCAUCAUCAUCAUCAUCAUCAUCAUCAUCAUCAUCAUCAUCAUCAUCAUCAUCAUCAUCAUCAUCAUCAUCAUCAUCAUCAUCAUCAUCAUCAUCAUCAUCAUCAUCAUCAUCAUCAUCAUCAUCAUCAUCAUCAUCAUCAUCAUCAUCAUCAUCAUCAUCAUCAUCAUCAUCAUCAUCAUCAUCAUCAUCAUCAUCAUCAUCAUCAUCAUCAUCAUCAUCAUCAUCAUCAUCAUCAUCAUCAUCAUCAUCAUCAUCAUCAUCAUCAUCAUCAUCAUCAUCAUCAUCAUCAUCAUCAUCAUCAUCAUCAUCAUCAUCAUCAUCAUCAUCAUCAUCAUCAUCAUCAUCAUCAUCAUCAUCAUCAUCAUCAUCAUCAUCAUCAUCAUCAUCAUCAUCAUCAUCAUCAUCAUCAUCAUCAUCAUCAUCAUCAUCAUCAUCAUCAUCAUCAUCAUCAUCAUCAUCAUCAUCAUCAUCAUCAUCAUCAUCAUCAUCAUCAUCAUCAUCAUCAUCAUCAUCAUCAUCAUCAUCAUCAUCAUCAUCAUCAUCAUCAUCAUCAUCAUCAUCAUCAUCAUCAUCAUCAUCAUCAUCAUCAUCAUCAUCAUCAUCAUCAUCAUCAUCAUCAUCAUCAUCAUCAUCAUCAUCAUCAUCAUCAUCAUCAUCAUCAUCAUCAUCAUCAUCAUCAUCAUCAUCAUCAUCAUCAUCAUCAUCAUCAUCAUCAUCAUCAUCAUCAUCAUCAUCAUCAUCAUCAUCAUCAUCAUCAUCAUCAUCAUCAUCAUCAUCAUCAUCAUCAUCAUCAUCAUCAUCAUCAUCAUCAUCAUCAUCAUCAUCAUCAUCAUCAUCAUCAUCAUCAUCAUCAUCAUCAUCAUCAUCAUCAUCAUCAUCAUCAUCAUCAUCAUCAUCAUCAUCAUCAUCAUCAUCAUCAUCAUCAUCAUCAUCAUCAUCAUCAUCAUCAUCAUCAUCAUCAUCAUCAUCAUCAUCAUCAUCAUCAUCAUCAUCAUCAUCAUCAUCAUCAUCAUCAUCAUCAUCAUCAUCAUCAUCAUCAUCAUCAUCAUCAUCAUCAUCAUCAUCAUCAUCAUCAUCAUCAUCAUCAUCAUCAUCAUCAUCAUCAUCAUCAUCAUCAUCAUCAUCAUCAUCAUCAUCAUCAUCAUCAUCAUCAUCAUCAUCAUCAUCAUCAUCAUCAUCAUCAUCAUCAUCAUCAUCAUCAUCAUCAUCAUCAUCAUCAUCAUCAUCAUCAUCAUCAUCAUCAUCAUCAUCAUCAUCAUCAUCAUCAUCAUCAUCAUCAUCAUCAUCAUCAUCAUCAUCAUCAUCAUCAUCAUCAUCAUCAUCAUCAUCAUCAUCAUCAUCAUCAUCAUCAUCAUCAUCAUCAUCAUCAUCAUCAUCAUCAUCAUCAUCAUCAUCAUCAUCAUCAUCAUCAUCAUCAUCAUCAUCAUCAUCAUCAUCAUCAUCAUCAUCAUCAUCAUCAUCAUCAUCAUCAUCAUCAUCAUCAUCAUCAUCAUCAUCAUCAUCAUCAUCAUCAUCAUCAUCAUCAUCAUCAUCAUCAUCAUCAUCAUCAUCAUCAUCAUCAUCAUCAUCAUCAUCAUCAUCAUCAUCAUCAUCAUCAUCAUCAUCAUCAUCAUCAUCAUCAUCAUCAUCAUCAUCAUCAUCAUCAUCAUCAUCAUCAUCAUCAUCAUCAUCAUCAUCAUCAUCAUCAUCAUCAUCAUCAUCAUCAUCAUCAUCAUCAUCAUCAUCAUCAUCAUCAUCAUCAUCAUCAUCAUCAUCAUCAUCAUCAUCAUCAUCAUCAUCAUCAUCAUCAUCAUCAUCAUCAUCAUCAUCAUCAUCAUCAUCAUCAUCAUCAUCAUCAUCAUCAUCAUCAUCAUCAUCAUCAUCAUCAUCAUCAUCAUCAUCAUCAUCAUCAUCAUCAUCAUCAUCAUCAUCAUCAUCAUCAUCAUCAUCAUCAUCAUCAUCAUCAUCAUCAUCAUCAUCAUCAUCAUCAUCAUCAUCAUCAUCAUCAUCAUCAUCAUCAUCAUCAUCAUCAUCAUCAUCAUCAUCAUCAUCAUCAUCAUCAUCAUCAUCAUCAUCAUCAUCAUCAUCAUCAUCAUCAUCAUCAUCAUCAUCAUCAUCAUCAUCAUCAUCAUCAUCAUCAUCAUCAUCAUCAUCAUCAUCAUCAUCAUCAUCAUCAUCAUCAUCAUCAUCAUCAUCAUCAUCAUCAUCAUCAUCAUCAUCAUCAUCAUCAUCAUCAUCAUCAUCAUCAUCAUCAUCAUCAUCAUCAUCAUCAUCAUCAUCAUCAUCAUCAUCAUCAUCAUCAUCAUCAUCAUCAUCAUCAUCAUCAUCAUCAUCAUCAUCAUCAUCAUCAUCAUCAUCAUCAUCAUCAUCAUCAUCAUCAUCAUCAUCAUCAUCAUCAUCAUCAUCAUCAUCAUCAUCAUCAUCAUCAUCAUCAUCAUCAUCAUCAUCAUCAUCAUCAUCAUCAUCAUCAUCAUCAUCAUCAUCAUCAUCAUCAUCAUCAUCAUCAUCAUCAUCAUCAUCAUCAUCAUCAUCAUCAUCAUCAUCAUCAUCAUCAUCAUCAUCAUCAUCAUCAUCAUCAUCAUCAUCAUCAUCAUCAUCAUCAUCAUCAUCAUCAUCAUCAUCAUCAUCAUCAUCAUCAUCAUCAUCAUCAUCAUCAUCAUCAUCAUCAUCAUCAUCAUCAUCAUCAUCAUCAUCAUCAUCAUCAUCAUCAUCAUCAUCAUCAUCAUCAUCAUCAUCAUCAUCAUCAUCAUCAUCAUCAUCAUCAUCAUCAUCAUCAUCAUCAUCAUCAUCAUCAUCAUCAUCAUCAUCAUCAUCAUCAUCAUCAUCAUCAUCAUCAUCAUCAUCAUCAUCAUCAUCAUCAUCAUCAUCAUCAUCAUCAUCAUCAUCAUCAUCAUCAUCAUCAUCAUCAUCAUCAUCAUCAUCAUCAUCAUCAUCAUCAUCAUCAUCAUCAUCAUCAUCAUCAUCAUCAUCAUCAUCAUCAUCAUCAUCAUCAUCAUCAUCAUCAUCAUCAUCAUCAUCAUCAUCAUCAUCAUCAUCAUCAUCAUCAUCAUCAUCAUCAUCAUCAUCAUCAUCAUCAUCAUCAUCAUCAUCAUCAUCAUCAUCAUCAUCAUCAUCAUCAUCAUCAUCAUCAUCAUCAUCAUCAUCAUCAUCAUCAUCAUCAUCAUCAUCAUCAUCAUCAUCAUCAUCAUCAUCAUCAUCAUCAUCAUCAUCAUCAUCAUCAUCAUCAUCAUCAUCAUCAUCAUCAUCAUCAUCAUCAUCAUCAUCAUCAUCAUCAUCAUCAUCAUCAUCAUCAUCAUCAUCAUCAUCAUCAUCAUCAUCAUCAUCAUCAUCAUCAUCAUCAUCAUCAUCAUCAUCAUCAUCAUCAUCAUCAUCAUCAUCAUCAUCAUCAUCAUCAUCAUCAUCAUCAUCAUCAUCAUCAUCAUCAUCAUCAUCAUCAUCAUCAUCAUCAUCAUCAUCAUCAUCAUCAUCAUCAUCAUCAUCAUCAUCAUCAUCAUCAUCAUCAUCAUCAUCAUCAUCAUCAUCAUCAUCAUCAUCAUCAUCAUCAUCAUCAUCAUCAUCAUCAUCAUCAUCAUCAUCAUCAUCAUCAUCAUCAUCAUCAUCAUCAUCAUCAUCAUCAUCAUCAUCAUCAUCAUCAUCAUCAUCAUCAUCAUCAUCAUCAUCAUCAUCAUCAUCAUCAUCAUCAUCAUCAUCAUCAUCAUCAUCAUCAUCAUCAUCAUCAUCAUCAUCAUCAUCAUCAUCAUCAUCAUCAUCAUCAUCAUCAUCAUCAUCAUCAUCAUCAUCAUCAUCAUCAUCAUCAUCAUCAUCAUCAUCAUCAUCAUCAUCAUCAUCAUCAUCAUCAUCAUCAUCAUCAUCAUCAUCAUCAUCAUCAUCAUCAUCAUCAUCAUCAUCAUCAUCAUCAUCAUCAUCAUCAUCAUCAUCAUCAUCAUCAUCAUCAUCAUCAUCAUCAUCAUCAUCAUCAUCAUCAUCAUCAUCAUCAUCAUCAUCAUCAUCAUCAUCAUCAUCAUCAUCAUCAUCAUCAUCAUCAUCAUCAUCAUCAUCAUCAUCAUCAUCAUCAUCAUCAUCAUCAUCAUCAUCAUCAUCAUCAUCAUCAUCAUCAUCAUCAUCAUCAUCAUCAUCAUCAUCAUCAUCAUCAUCAUCAUCAUCAUCAUCAUCAUCAUCAUCAUCAUCAUCAUCAUCAUCAUCAUCAUCAUCAUCAUCAUCAUCAUCAUCAUCAUCAUCAUCAUCAUCAUCAUCAUCAUCAUCAUCAUCAUCAUCAUCAUCAUCAUCAUCAUCAUCAUCAUCAUCAUCAUCAUCAUCAUCAUCAUCAUCAUCAUCAUCAUCAUCAUCAUCAUCAUCAUCAUCAUCAUCAUCAUCAUCAUCAUCAUCAUCAUCAUCAUCAUCAUCAUCAUCAUCAUCAUCAUCAUCAUCAUCAUCAUCAUCAUCAUCAUCAUCAUCAUCAUCAUCAUCAUCAUCAUCAUCAUCAUCAUCAUCAUCAUCAUCAUCAUCAUCAUCAUCAUCAUCAUCAUCAUCAUCAUCAUCAUCAUCAUCAUCAUCAUCAUCAUCAUCAUCAUCAUCAUCAUCAUCAUCAUCAUCAUCAUCAUCAUCAUCAUCAUCAUCAUCAUCAUCAUCAUCAUCAUCAUCAUCAUCAUCAUCAUCAUCAUCAUCAUCAUCAUCAUCAUCAUCAUCAUCAUCAUCAUCAUCAUCAUCAUCAUCAUCAUCAUCAUCAUCAUCAUCAUCAUCAUCAUCAUCAUCAUCAUCAUCAUCAUCAUCAUCAUCAUCAUCAUCAUCAUCAUCAUCAUCAUCAUCAUCAUCAUCAUCAUCAUCAUCAUCAUCAUCAUCAUCAUCAUCAUCAUCAUCAUCAUCAUCAUCAUCAUCAUCAUCAUCAUCAUCAUCAUCAUCAUCAUCAUCAUCAUCAUCAUCAUCAUCAUCAUCAUCAUCAUCAUCAUCAUCAUCAUCAUCAUCAUCAUCAUCAUCAUCAUCAUCAUCAUCAUCAUCAUCAUCAUCAUCAUCAUCAUCAUCAUCAUCAUCAUCAUCAUCAUCAUCAUCAUCAUCAUCAUCAUCAUCAUCAUCAUCAUCAUCAUCAUCAUCAUCAUCAUCAUCAUCAUCAUCAUCAUCAUCAUCAUCAUCAUCAUCAUCAUCAUCAUCAUCAUCAUCAUCAUCAUCAUCAUCAUCAUCAUCAUCAUCAUCAUCAUCAUCAUCAUCAUCAUCAUCAUCAUCAUCAUCAUCAUCAUCAUCAUCAUCAUCAUCAUCAUCAUCAUCAUCAUCAUCAUCAUCAUCAUCAUCAUCAUCAUCAUCAUCAUCAUCAUCAUCAUCAUCAUCAUCAUCAUCAUCAUAG